CGUCCCCGCCGCACGCGCAGCCGGAGCCGCCGCGCCCUCGGCCGCCGGGAGCUCGGAGCUGCGGAGCCCGGAGGCCGGGAGUGGGAGCCGGAGCCGCCUGCGCCGUGGAGGCAUCAUAUAAUCUGCCCUCAUCAUGGGAGAAAUAGAGCAGAGGCCAACUCCAGGAUCGAGACUGGGGGCCCCGGAGAAUUCGGGGAUCAGUACCUUGGAACAGGGACAGAAGCCUCCCCCCACGCCUUCAGGAAAACUCAUGUCCGUCAGAAUCCAGAUGCUGGAUGACACCCAGGAGGCCUUUGAAGUUCCGCAAAGAGCCCCCGGGAAAGUGCUGCUGGAUGCCGUGUGCACCCACCUGAACCUCGUGGAAGGAGACUAUUUCGGCCUCGAGUUUCCCGACCACAAGAAGAUCACGGUGUGGCUGGAUCUCUUAAAACCUAUUGUCAAGCAGAUUAGAAGGCCAAAGCAUGUCGUUGUCAAGUUUGUGGUGAAAUUCUUUCCACCUGACCACACACAACUCCAAGAAGAACUCACAAGGUACCUAUUUGCUCUGCAGGUGAAGCAGGACCUGGCUCAAGGCAGGCUGACGUGUAGUGACACCAGCGCUGCCCUCUUGAUCUCACACAUUGUGCAAUCUGAGAUUGGGGACUUUGAUGAAGCAUCGGACAGAGAGCAUUUGGCAAAAAAUAAGUACAUACCUCAGCAAGAUGCUCUAGAAGACAAAAUUGUGGAAUUUCACCAUAACCACAUUGGACAAACACCAGCAGAAUCGGAUUUCCAGCUCCUGGAGAUUGCCCGCAGGCUGGAGAUGUACGGCAUCCGAUUGCACCCAGCUAAGGACCGGGAAGGCACUAAGAUCAACCUGGCUGUGGCCAACACAGGGAUUCUAGUGUUUCAGGGUUUUACGAAGAUCAAUGCCUUCAACUGGGCAAAGGUGCGGAAGCUGAGCUUCAAGAGGAAGCGCUUUCUCAUCAAGCUCCGCCCAGAUGUGAACAGCUCAUACCAGGAUACCUUGGAAUUCCUAAUGGCCAGUCGGGAUUUUUGCAAAUCCUUCUGGAAAAUCUGUGUUGAACAUCAUGCCUUUUUUAGACUUUUUGAAGAGCCCAAACCAAAGCCAAAGCCUGUUCUCUUUAGCCGAGGGUCAUCGUUUCGGUUCAGUGGCCGGACUCAGAAGCAGGUUCUCGACUAUGUCAAAGAAGGAGGACAUAAGAAGGUGCAGUUUGAAAGAUGGAGACAUGGCAGCUCAAAGAUGUUGAGUAACUCGCCCAGGUCUCAGAGCUGGAAACACAGCAAGAUUCAUUCCAUCAGGAGCCUUGCUACGCAGCCUACGGAGCCGAACUCAGAAGUGCCAAAACAAGCUCAGCAGAGUGCCAGCCUUACCUUUGGAGAAGGUGCUGCGUCCCCGGGCGGCCAGAGCUGCCAGCCGGGAAGGGACCCGACCGCCUUGGCCGAGGAGCGCGGGCCACAGCGCAACCCCACUCCGCAGAGGAGCCCGGCGGGGAGCACGAAGGCAGACGGGGCCGGCAGGGCGGAGACGGAGGAAGAGGAGGAGGUCGUUAAGGACAGGACCCAGCAGAGUAGACCUCGGCCCCCGCAGCCAAGCACAGGCUCCCUGACCGGCAGCCCUCACCUUUCAGAGCUGUCCAUCAACUCGCAGGGAGGAGCUGCGCCCACCAACACCGUCCUGUCACCCAACCUGAGCCCCGACACCAAGCAGGCCUCCCCCUUGGUCAGCCCGCUGCUGAACGACCAGGCAGGCCCUCGGACUGACGACGAGGACGACGGCCGGAGAAAGAGAUUCCCAACUGACAAAGCAUACUUCAUCGCUAAGGAAGUCUCCACCACUGAGAGAACUUAUCUGAAGGAUCUUGAAGUCAUCACUUCGUGGUUUCAGAGCACAGUAAGCAAAGAGGACUCCAUGCCCGAAACCUUGAAGAGUCUCAUUUUCCCGAAUUUUGAACCUUUGCACAAAUUUCAUACAAAUUUUCUCAAGGAAAUUGAGCAACGACUCGCCCUGUGGGAAGGCCGCUCGAAUGCUCCCAUCAGAGGAGAUUACCAAAGAAUUGGAGAUGUGAUGCUGAAGAACAUUCAGGGCAUGAAGCAACUGGCGGCGCAUCUGUGGAAGCACAGCGAGGCUCUGGAGGCGCUGGAGACCGGCAUCCGGGGCUCCCGGCGGCUGGAGAGCUUGUGCCGAGACUUCGAGCUGCAGAAGGUGUGCUACCUGUCGCUCAACACCUUCCUCCUGCGCCCGCUGCACCGGCUCAUGCACUACAAGCAGGUCCUGGAGCGGCUGUGCAAGCACCAUCCGCCCAGCCACGCGGACUUCAGGGACUGCCGAGCUGCUUUGGCAGAGAUCACGGAAAUGGUGGCCCAGCUUCACGGUACGAUGAUCAAGAUGGAGAAUUUCCAGAAGCUGCAUGAACUCAAGAAAGAUUUGAUUGGCGUUGACAAUCUUGUGAUUCCAGGAAGGGAAUUCAUCCGCCUGGGCAGCCUCAGCAAGCUCUCCGGGAAGGGGCUCCAGCAGCGCAUGUUCUUCCUGUUCAACGACGUCUUGCUGUACACGAGCAGGGGGCUGACGGCCUCGAAUCAGUUUAAAGUUCACGGGCAGCUCCCGCUCUACGGCAUGACCAUGGAGGAAAGUGAGGACGAGUGGGGCGUGCCCCACUGCCUCACCCUGAGGGGCCAGCGCCAGUCCAUCGUCGUGGCUGCCAGUUCUCGGUCCGAGAUGGAAAAGUGGGUGGAGGACAUACAGAUGGCCAUUGACUUGGCGGAGAAAAGCAGCAGCCCCGCCCCCGAGUUCCUGGCCAGCAGCCCUCCUGACAGCAAGUCCCCGGAGGAGGCGGCGGGCGACCAGGAGUCGGAGGACGACCUCAGCGCCUCGCGCACCUCGCUGGAGCGCCAGGCCCCGCACCGCGGCAACACCAUGGUGCACGUGUGCUGGCACCGCAACACCAGCGUCUCCAUGGUGGACUUCAGCGUGGCCGUGGAGAAUCAGCUGUCUGGGAACCUGCUGAGGAAAUUCAAAAACAGCAAUGGCUGGCAGAAGCUGUGGGUGGUCUUCACAAACUUCUGCCUGUUCUUCUACAAGUCGCACCAGGACAGUCACCCCCUCGCCAGCCUGCCUCUGCUUGGGUACUCGCUCACCAUUCCCUCGGAGUCGGAGGACAUCCACAAGGACUUCGUGUUCAAGCUGCAUUUCAAGUCCCACGUGUACUACUUCAGGGCUGAAAGUGAAUACACGUUUGAAAGAUGGAUGGAGGUGAUCCGAAGUGCCACCAGCUCGGCCUCCCGUGCCCACGUUCUGAGUCACAAAGAACCUCACGUGUAUUGAUGGCAGGACGGGACACGUGUUGAUUGUUUCAGCAGUGGCGACUUUCCCAGAAGACAUUUUCUUUCUUCUGUAUUAAUGAAGCCUAGUGAAAUUAACACCUGUCUGUCUGGAAAACAAAAUAAUACAUGGUUUCACAGCGACUCUCAUCUUGUCUCCACAGAAGCAUUUUAAACCUUGUCUUUGCAGCUGUUAAUUUCUCAUCGGAACGGGACCGCACCCCUGCCUUCAACGCGGGUGGCGUCUCGGCCGUCGUGCCGUCGGUGGGCUGUCUUCAGCUUGUGCCAGUAUUAAAACAUUGUCACGGAUAGAGUGCCGAAUGACGUUUUUUCCCUCCGCAACUGCACCUUAACGUCAGUACAAACGCAUCCUUGCAACCAAAAGACAGGGCAAGGGCUCUUUUUUUAAAAAG